AUGCCAAAUCUCCAAUUCUUUUACCUGCAGAACGUGAAGGACUGUCCUGGCUCGCAGACCAGUGACCAUCAUCUUUCAGCUACUGAUACAGCACUCGUCCAGCUGUUGACAACCUCCACGCUUGAUUCAACGGAGCCUCUUCUCCUUGGUUUGCAGUGUCUUCAUCUUGCUUACCCCUGCCAGGAAGAUGAUCAUGGCACGCGUGCCAAUGUAUAUGCUGAAAUGGUUCGAACGCGUGCUGCAAUGCGGAGAAGAAGACGCAUGCUUCCUUCGUCUUCAGGAGCGUUCUUCGAGUUCGCCCUCUCCUCAGAGCGUCAACAGGAUGCUGAAACUGUAGAACCUUAUAUUCUAUCUACGAUUUCAAAGAUUCGUUCGGUGAGUACACCAGAAUGCGUCGUUGAAGCAUCCAUAAUCGAAUGA